ACGCCAUAUUGCAAUAGGCUUUAAAAUUUAGUUUGAAUUGACAACAUGAGGAGCACACAUCUAGCUAUUAUUUUAUUUACACUAAAACUGGGUUUGGUCGUAGGAUCUCUUAAAUUCCAGAGCUUAGAAUGCAUCGUUCAUAUUCCCCGAGUCGUAAUUGUUGAGGAAUGUCGCAUUCGGGCGUUUAAUCGCACUCAAAAUUCGCUAAAUCUUAAGGUACAUCUGAAAGAAACUAUAUCAAAAAUGCAAGUGAACUUCAAAUUUUUAAAACGUGAACGUGGCGGUUGGCAUCCGUUUCUAUAUUCGAUGACAUUGGAUCUGUGUAAAUUCUUUCAGAGUCCCAAUCGACAUCCGCUGCCCGCAAUAAUAUUUUAUUACGUCAAAGAUUAUACAAAUGUAAAUCACAGCUGUCCCUUUUUGGCGAAUACGUAUAUGGAAUUGGGUGCAUUUCAGCUGGAUGAACUGAGCAUUAUGAAACGAUUCCCCGUCGAAGCCGGGCAAUAUGCAUUACACACAUCUUGGUACUCGAAAAAUCAAUUGAUCUUUCAAGUAAAUGGCUCGGUAAAUUAUAUCAAAUAG